GAUAUUCUUCCAUUUGUGGAAAAUUCAAAAUUCAUUGCUCUCUUUUUAUAAAUCACUCAUCUCCUAUUUUCUUUCAUGCCAAACAAGUUGAAACUCCACCUUUGAGUCUUAUUCAAAAUCCAUCACUACAAUGUCAGAAGAGAGCUUACACAGAGAUGUUGAUGACAAGAAAAUGAAAGGGAAGGUCCAAGAAGAACCCAUGAGAAAACCUGUGGAGACAGAUCCCUUGCUUGAUCUUAAGCUUUUCAAUAAUGAAGCUGAUGAAUCCAAGCUAGAGCUGAAUUUGUUUGGUGUUUUUGAUCAUGGUUCUGCAAAGGCUUUGGAAUCAGCAACUCAAGGGAAUGAGAAUGCCAAGAAGACAAAACGUCAGUUCGUUUGUAAAUACUGCAACAAGAAAUUCUCCAACUCUCAAGCAUUAGGUGGGCAUCAAAAUGCUCACAAACGUGAACGAGCAUUGCAGAGAAGAGAGAAAGGACUAGAUUUAGUCCCUUAUGGAUUCAUGGAUGCUUCCUUGUAUCCAUUUGCAGCAGCCACAGGAGUAUUUCCCAGUCAUGGCAUUAGCAUGUACUCCUUGAUUCAUAGACCACCUUAUCGAUACCCCUUCCAUCACGGGGUGCCUGGGUUUGCCUACGAAGGUUGGGCCAGACCUCCUACCCUGAACCCACAGGUGUCCAUGCAGGACAAUUGUGGGGGUACUGGUGCUGCAUUUCCACCUCUGGACACCAUUGGAAUGAAUCGUAGGCCUCCAAUUGGUAGCAGAUUUGAGAGUUCUUCACUUGCUAAUAUGAAUGUUGGCUCUGCUGGUAGGAUUGGUGGUCAUCUUGAUCCUUCAUGAAUUACUGCUUCUGGGAACCCUCACUGUGAUCUUG